CCCGCGUCUGCUGCUGAUGCGGUGCCUGUGGGUGAAGUCAUAUUCCCCAGUUAUUUUACCCGUCAACCACCACGUUCCGCACCCCGUUGAGUGGGUGACUGUCACCCGUCAGGCCCGGGUUCAUCACCACUUCACUUACACCCAGCAACGCCAAUCCCGCCUCCUCGAAAGAAUAUUACAAAGAAAGAUUAAAAUAUCAGAGCAGAGCCUACUACCUCGGAACCGUCGGCGACCAUGAGUUCGGACACAGGGCCCCUGUAUCUGGGCUUUGACCUGUCGACGCAGCAGCUCAAGGCCAUCGUCGUCAACUCGGACCUCAAGACGGUCGCGCAGGCCAAGGUCGACUUCGACGGCGACUUCAGCCCCAAGUAUGGCGUCAGCAAGGGCGUGCACGUCCGGCCCUCGACGGGCGAGGUCUACGCCCCCGUCGCCAUGUGGAUGGAGUCGCUCGACCUCGUCCUCGAGCGCCUCGCCGCCGCCAUGGCCGACCGCGGCGCGUCCAUGGCCCGCGUCGCCGCCGUCGCCGGGUCCGGCCAGCAGCACGGCAGCGUCUACUGGGCCGCCGGCGCCGAGGACGCCCUCGCCGCCCUCGACCCGGCCAGGCCCCUCGUCGCCCAGCUCGCCCCCGUGCUCGCCCACGACUGGUCCCCCAACUGGCAGGACCAGAGCACCCAGCGCGAGUGCGAUGCCUUUGACGCGGAGCUCGGCGGUAGGGAGAGGCUGGCUGAGGUGACGGGCAGCGGGGCCCAUCAUAGGUUCACGGGCGCGCAAAUCAUGCGCAUGAAGCACGUCCGCCCCGGCGUGUACGACGCCACGGCGCGCAUCUCCCUCGUCUCGUCGUGGCUCGCCUCGCUGCUCCUCGGCGCCAUCGCGCCCCUCGACGUCGGCGACGUCUGCGGCAUGAACCUCUGGGACAUGCCCAACCAGCGCUACAGCGAGGCGCUGCUGGCCCUCGCCGCGGGCGGGCCCGGCGCGCCCGCCGACGAGCUGCGCCGCAGGCUGGGCGAGCCCGUCAUGGACGGCGGCGCCGCCCUCGGCCGCGUCUCCCCCUACUUCGUCGGCCGCUACGGCUUCGCGCCCGCGUGCCGCGUCGUGCCCUUCACCGGCGACAACCCGGCCACCAUCCUCGCCCUGCCGCUGCGCCCGCUCGACGCCAUCGUCUCGCUCGGCACCUCCACCACCUUUCUCAUGAACACGCCCAAGUACAAGCCCGACGGCGCGUACCACUUCUUCAACCACCCGACCACCCGCGGCAGCUACAUGUUCAUGCUGUGCUACAAGAAUGGCGGCCUGGCGCGCGAAAAGGUCCGCGACGCGCUGCCGCCCCGGCCGACGACGAGCAAGACGAGGACGAACUCGGCCGCCGGCAACGAUGGUGAUGGUGGCGACGACCCCUGGGCCGCCUUCAACAAGGCCGUCCUCGACACCCCGCCCCUGGAUGUGGCCAAGGAAGGCGACCGCGCCAAGCUGGGCCUGUACUUUCCCCUGCGCGAGACGGUGCCCAACGUCCGCGCCGGCACCUGGCGCUUCACGUGCUCCGCCGCCGACGGGAGCGACCUGACCGAGUUCUCAUCAUCAUCACCAUCGACGAGAGAGACCUGGCCCGCGGAGACGGACCCGCGCAUCAUCACCGAGUCGCAAGCGCUGUCCAUGCGGCUGCGCUCGCAGAACCUGGUGCACCCGCCGCGCGACGGCCUGCCCGCGCAGCCGCGGCGCAUCUACCUCGUGGGCGGCGGGUCGCUGAACCCGGCCAUCGCGCGCGUCGUCGGCGAGGUGCUCGGCGGCGCCGACGGCGUGUACCGCCUCGACGUCGGGGGCAGCGCGUGCGCCCUCGGCGGCGCGUACAAGGCCCUCUGGGCGCUGGAGCGCGGCGACGGCGAGACCUUUGACGAGCUCAUCGCCAAGCGCUGGACGGAGGAGGGGUCCAUCGAAAAGGUCGACGUCGGCUUCCGCGACGACGGCACGUACCAGCGGUACGGCAACGUGCUGGGCGCGUUUGAGGAGAUGGAGCGGCGGCUGCUCGCGCAGGAAAAGUAUGACCAGGGGGAGAAAUGAGUGACGACGACGAGACUAGUUGAGUCGGCAUGUAAUGAGAAUGACGUGAACCCCGGCGUCGACGUUGUGUGUGUGUGUGGUAUCUACUAUCGUACACGAAAAAGCAUUGUAUAGAGCAGACAAGAAAGAAG